AUGAUUCGUGGCUACCAGGGAUACCACCCUUUCUCCAUCGAAAAGACUCUCUGUAAAGAAUCCCUGGUUUUGAUCAUUGAAUGCUUUCCAUCAAUCCCUCACCAGACACUUCUUCUGCGAUUCCACAUCGAUGAGUCAAUCAUAGACACAGCACAGGCUCAUCGGAUGGGCCUCCAGCUCGCCCAUCUCAUCCGUCAGCUUUGUGAUUCCGCUCUGUACCAACAGAAAAGGGCAAUUGGUGAUCUAGAUCUUCUCUGUGAUGAAGAUAAGAAACUUCUUUGGAAAUGGAAUGGGUCUAGACCCAGGAUGACCAACUCCUGCAUCACCGAUCUCUUUGCUUAUCAAGCCCAGAGACGAGUCCACCAUCCCGCUAUUCAUGCAUGGGAUGGAGAGCUCAGUUACGCUCAACUUGACGACAAAUCAACUCAACUGGCCGCAUGGCUGAUUGAAAAUGACGUCGCGGGCCCAGGACGCAUUGUCCCUCUUUGCUUCGACAAGACGCUGUGGACGACCAUCACUCUCUUAGCCGUCGCAAAAGCUGGAAGUACCUUCAUCAUGCUAGAUCCCCGUCAGCCUUUUGGUCGCUUGAAGAAUAUCAUGCAGCAAAUUCAAUCAACCACAAUUCUUGCACGCCAUGAAACGGCCAAGCUAGCCCGCUCUUUGGCCGAAAGUACCAUCAUUGUGGAUGAUGAUCUUCUUCUACACAAUGAAAAACUCGCCUCUGUCCAAGUCCCUGCGUAUUGCGGCAAGAUUUCUCCGUCCGACCGACUGUACAUCGUUUUCACGUCCGGCAGCACUGGAACUCCUAAAGGUGUCACCAUAUCGCAUGCCAAUCUUUGCACUGCGGUCGGACACCAGGCGCGCGUUUUGGGGUUCGACACCGGAGUUCGUACAUUUGACUCCUCAUCUUACAGCUUCGACGCAUAUGUAUGCAACACCUUUCAUACCAUCCUGACUGGUGGUUGUCUGUGUGUGCCAUCUGAUAAUGACCGCAUCAACAACUUGCAAUCAGUGCUGCAAUCGAUGGAUGUAGAAUUUGUGCAGCUCACCCCUUCUACAUCCCGGCUCCUGGACCCAAGCAAGCUCCCCCGUCUACACACGCUUAUCUUGACUGGAGAGAAGAUCAACCGCAACGUACUGGAGCCCUGGCUGGAAACAGCGGGUCGAGUGCGUGUCAUCAACGCCUACGGACCGUCCGAAUGCACGAUUAUGUGUGCGGCGAAUCGUAACAUCAACUGUAUCAAAGACGCCGAGAGCGUCGGCUUUUCACUUGGUGCCAACCUUUGGAUCGCAGAUGUCCACAACGUCCAUCGUCUAGCACCGAUCGGCGCAGUUGGCGAGUUACUUAUAGACGGACCUAUUAUUGGUCAGGGUUACUUCCAGGAUGACCGCAAAACCCAGGAAUCGCUUGUCGAUGUACCUGGUGGUUAUUUACCAGGCAUUGCGUUGGCCCCAGAAAGCCCAAUCUUCCGUACUCGGGACUUGGCGAGGUACAAUAUAGAUGGAUCAAUCUCUUUCAUUGGACGCGCCGACACGCAGAUCAAGAUUAAUGGGCAGCGCGUGGAAAUUGGCGAGGUCGAACAUCAUGUGGGUCAAUGCCUCCCAGAAGGAGUCGAUGCCAUCGUUGAAGCGGUGGACUGGCCAUCGGCUCAGAAGCAACUACUCGCCUUCAUCUAUCUGAGACAGGAUAAGGGACUGCAGCUGUCACAGUUGAUCACAAAGCUGGACGAAAGGUUAUCAGACCGGUUGCCUCGAUUCAUGAUCCCGUCUGCAUAUUUCCCACUGCGUACGGUUCCAAUGACUGCCACUGGCAAGACAGAUCGCAAGGUCCUCCGGCGAAUGGCAUUGGUGGCACCUGAUCAGCUACUCAAUGUACAUGCCUUACCAGGAGCGGCUGGUGCACCGCCAGCACAAGAUGCAGAACGACCCAUGACCUCUGUUGAAAUGACACUGCAGUGGCUCUGGGCAGAGGUGCUAACCAUGACCAAUGAUGCGCCUCUUCUUCCAGGUGACAACUUCUUUGCCCGAGGAGGUGAUUCACUAGCGGCAAUGCGACUUGUCUCGGCAUUGCGGCGAGAAGGAUGUAGCAACAUCAAUGUUGCAGACGUUUUCAGACAUCCACGUCUAUGCGAUAUGGCAGUUGUAAUGGGCGAGACCCUAGGUAAGUCCUCGCCAGAUGCGAUGCCAACACUAUAUAGUCCAUUUUCCAUGCUGUUGGGUGAUGCUCCAGACUCGAAGUUGGUUGAAUUGGCUCGUGAAAAGAUAGCCAAGAUCUGCAAAUGCGAGGCACUUGACAUUGAGGAUGUCUUCCCAUGCUCAUCCAUUCAAGAGGAGAUGGUUAUCUUGGGUGCUCGGAACCCGGAGGACUUCGUCACCCAGACCGUCUUCCCAUUGCCUCCCGGGGUGGAUUUAGCUCGAUUCCAACGCGCCUGGGAGAACGUCACACGCUCAGCUCCAAUCAUUCGGACCCGCAUCGUCGAUACAAAGAUGGCCAUCGGAGACAUCGCUAUUGGUUAUGAUCAUGCCUUCUCCCAGGUUAUCUUCGAUGGAACUGUUCCGUGGAACGAGUACUCCGACCUUGACGAGUGUUUGAAAGCCGACCGGGGAAACGGCAUGGGACUGGGCGAGCCAUUGAUGCGACUCGGUAUCGUUGGCAAGGCCAAGUCACAGGAACAGCAAACUUCACGCCUUCAAGCAGUUUUGACCAUGCAUCAUGCCGUCUAUGAUGGUUGGUCUAUGGAUCUUCUGGGUAAAGAUAUAGCCCGGGAGUACUACAGUUCAGGAGGAUCCAAGGCAUCAGACGACAGCAUGCUCCCGUAUCGAAACUUCAUCCAGCACUUGAAAACCUCGGACCCUGACGUUGCUUCACGCUUCUGGAUGCGAUAUCUCAAAGACAUUCAUCUGCGUACUUUCCCCACUCUUCCGGUGCCAAACUACAGACCCAACGCCGCAGCUUUGCAUAACCACGUCGUGUCUGGAAUUGAAUGGACCAAGGCCACGGGUAUCACUGCAAACACCAUUGUGCAGACUGCUUGGGGAAUGGUAUUAUCCAAACAUUCUUGUGCUAGCGAGGUAGUCUUCGGAGCGACGCUACUGGGUCGGCAAAUCCCACUGGCUGGAAUUGAGCGAGUCGGAGGACCGACCAUCGCAACAGUACCCAUGAGAGCCGUGGUAGACUGGGAUGGACAGAGCGCGCUAGAGAUCCUCCAGAGCAUGCAGGACCACGCCGCCGAAAUGAUCCCAUUCGUCCAUCACGGUAUCAAACGCAUUCGCAAACUGGGCUACGAUAUGCAGCGUGCCUGUCAAUUCCAAACCUUCCUUGUUGUUCAACCCGUCUCUCAGUCGGAAGUUAGAUCGACAGAAACUGCCCUGUUUGAUCUCGGUGAUGGCCGCGACGAUAUCCAGGCCUUCAAUACAUAUGCCAUAAUGGUUGAUUGUGGGCUAGCUCGUGAUGGGUUCCACCUCCGUGCAAGCUUUGAUGAGACUGUCCUCGGGAUGAGCAAGGUUCAACAAAUGCUGAGAGAUAUGGAGCACAUUGUGAGGUCUCUCAUUAACGAAUCUGAGAAGCCUGCAAAGCUGCGAGAGAUGGGUAUCUUGACUGACGAGGAGCACGCCCAAAUCACUAAUUUCAAUCAGCAAGGACAGAGCGCACAGAUGGUUGAAAUUGAAUCAUGCAUCAAAGGUUCUUCUGCGGAGAUUAAAGAUGCCGCAGUUGACGUUGUCGAGCUCCCAAAUCUCUCAAAGCAGUUGAUUGCUUUCGUCUGUUUUGCAGACGAAAUCAGAUCCAUCCCAUCAAACACAAUACUUGCAAACUUGAUAGAGCCGUUAGGUGAAAUGCUUCCCUCACAUAUGACGCCUUCUCUUUUCCUUCCUCUAUCAGGGAUCCCAAAGUUGGAUUCUGGAGAGGUUGACCGAGAUGAGUUGAGACGUAUCGUACUGCAUGCACCGGCAGGCCAACUAGUGAAUCGCUCUACCCUGGCAUUGUUACGGGCAAGCAACGACCCACCUAGAACUGAACUUGAAAUUCUCUUGCAAGGACUAUGGGCUACCACGUUGGGAGUGGAAAGGUCAUUUGUUAACAGAAACACGUCAUUCCUGGCCUUGGGUGGCGAUUCUUUGAGAGCAAUGCAGCUUGUUGCGGCUGCCAGGGAAGAAGGCUACUCGCUAUCAGUUGCCAAAGUGCUACGUACCCCUCGCCUGUCAGACAUGGCAGCCAAAGCACUUGAAGCUCUGGAAGAAAAGGCAUCUGCGCUUUCAGAUACCGUUGAGCCAUUUUCACUGCUUGGCAAAAAUGUGACCAAAGCAUCUCUGUCUAAAGCCUGCAAUCUUCGGCCAGACCAGAUUGAAGACGCAUAUCCAUGCUCGCCAAUCCAGGACAUGAUGUUAGUGCAUACAGCUCGUCGGGCUGGAGAGUUUGUCUCACAAGGUCACAUUCACCUCCCAGCACACGUUGACAUUGCUCGGCUGAAAGCAGCAUGGUUUGAGGUGAUUGCUAAAAGUCCAAUUCUUCGAACACGCAUCGUGGAAUUUGCAGGACAAGGACUGCUGCAGGUCGUGACGAAGACUGCCCCCGUGUGGGUUGAGUAUGAUGCUCUGGAGGAGGUGCAGCAACUGCCCGUCGGUCUGGGAGAGCAUCUACUGUGGUUUGCACUUGUGAAGUCCCAGCCAUCCACCCUAAUCAUGACUAUCCAUCAUGCCAUCUACGAUCGAUGGUCUGCGUCGCUGGUUAUGAAGGCAGUUGAAUCUCUCUACCGCGGAGAACCUCUUAUGCAAAAAUUGCUUCCAUACAACCAUUUCAUCUAUUACCUUGAAAACAACGUCCAUACGGACAGCUGUCAAAGGUUCUGGGAGAAGUAUCUGGCAGACUGCAAUGUUCCACAGUUCCCUGUUUUGCCAAACCCCAAGUAUCGACCAACCACCACAGCCAUUCGAAAGCGGAGACUUGACCACAUCGCAUGGCCUAAGGACUUCACUCCGGCAACGGCAUUGAAAGCAAGCUGGGCUAUCCUUGUUUCUCAAUUCUGCAAUUCUAGUGAUGUUGUGUUUGGGUCGACUGUUAUGGGCAGACAGGCACCUCUUGUUGGUGUCGAGCGUAUUGCUGGUCCAACUAUUGCCACCGUCCCCAUUCGGGUGAAAAUAGACUGGAACUCAGCGACGCUGCAUACACUACUUCAGGAUAUACAGUCAGAAGGAACUGAUAUGAUUCCCUUUGAACAUUAUGGCAUUGGCCGUAUACAACGACUCAAUCCGACUGCGCAGCAGGCUUGUCAGUUCCAAUCCUUGCUUGUCAUUCAACCCCCAGAAGAUGCGGGCGCAGAUGAGAACACGAUACUUCGUUUGCAACUCGGCGAUGAUGAUUUGAAGGGGGAACUUACGCUCUCGUCUUGGAAUGUGUCCUAG